AACAAUAAUAGAGAAAGCCCAACUCAGAAAAAGGAAACGAGAGAGAGAGAGCCUUCAACAGAACAAUAAUAGAGAAGAAACCAGAGAGAGAGAGAGAGAGAGAGAGAGAGAGAGAGAGAGAGAGAGAGAGAGAUGGGGAAGCUGCAGUACGACCCAAUGAUCCACCACUUCAGCCAUCCACACCCCUUACAACUCACGACCCCACAACAGGCACAGAUCAAAGGACCAUGCAACGGCUGCAAGCUCCAACCGUCUGGAUGGAUCUACACAUGCAUCCCAUGCAACUAUGUCCUCCACCUCCAUUGCUCCCAGAUGCCCCAACUCAUCCACCACCCCUCCGAUCUCAACCAUUCACUCACCCUCCUCCCCUGCCCCGCCUACCCCGAAGGCUUCUUCAACUGUAAUGCCUGCGGCCACCCCGGCUACGGUUUCUCCUACCACUGCACCCCUUGUGAUCUCGACAUCCACAUCCAAUGCGCUUCCAUGCCUCUCUCCCUUGAAAACCCGGCUCACCACCACCCUCUCACCCUCUCCUUCUUCCCUCCCUACCGCAACAAGGGCUUCUCCUGCGACAUUUGCCUCAACUUGGGCUCCAACCAUUGGCUCUACCGUUGCAAUGCCUGUGAAUUCGACUCGCACUUGGCCUGUGCGACUGCCAAACCCAAGACUGUCGUCCAAGCCCAGACCCAUCAGCUGGUGGCCCUUCAGCAACAACAGAUGGUGGCGAAAGCUGGACCUGGAACGCGUUUUCAAGCUCAACCAAGAACCGGCACCCAGUUCCAAUCUCCAAGCACCGGGUUUGUGAAUGGAUGUCAGCAACAGAAUUACUACAUGAAUGAUCAGAAUACGGGACUUUCUCAGUCAGCUGAUCUGCCCAUGGUAAUGAUGAAUGGGCCACAAGCCAAUCAGCCCAUGAUAAUGAGGAAUGGGCCCCAAUCCAAUCAGCCCAUGAUGAUGAUGAUGAUGAAUGGACUGCCACAAGCCAAUCAGCCUACGACGAUGAUGAAUGGAUCACGCAACGGUGUGGUGGACCAAGCGAUCCAAGGGUUCAUCAACAGUGCUACUCAGCAGAUGGGCCAGAGCCUGGUACAAAGUUUCCUAGGCGGUGGCGGAGGUGGUGGUUCAGGUGGAGAUGCUGGCGGCGGUGGAGGCGGAGAUUCUUCUUGUAAUUCUAUAUCGGUGUCGUUGGAUUUCAAUACCGCCUUCGAAUCAUCAGACUCUUCGGCUUUGGAAUGACUGGUUCGGAUUGAGAUUGCUGCUUUGGCCGCUGCAGGUGUUUCAGGUUUCGCCAUUGCCGGUGUUUGGUACAUGGCCAGAGGUUGUUGACUUAAGGUAAGUCAAUAUUGGAGAAUGCAUGAAAGUCUAACAAGGAAUCUGUUUCAUUUUCAAAGGAGAUAGAAAGUGGAAGAAGCAAUUGGUGGAUCUUAUCGCAAUUUGGAGUGGCAAUGGGCCCCACCUAGCCUGGAAAACCCGGCUGGCUCUGGACUGGGCUUGAAUUAUUCGUGUAUGUCGUAUUCGGAAUUGGGCGAGACAUAUAUGGCUGGUAAAAUUUUGGGCUGGACCUUGGGCUCAAGUCAUUUUAUUCGGAUCUAUUUCUAUGAAGUUAUAUACAUGUGAUCUAUCCCACAA